AUGGCGAUUGAUCCGGAGUCCCAGUGCCACCCGUGCAAGCCUAUGCAUGCAGCCCUCCAAGACACCAGCUUGCCCAUGCCUAUGCCAAGCCAACUCAACAGCUUGACUCAUUCCAUCACAGCCAUGCAAGAGACUGCGCUUGCCAAGCUUCUUCGCAGCGAAUCUUUGGCUGCGGUGCUGCGUUGGCACGAGCAGGGUCAGAAGAGGCCGACCGUCCGUGGCAAUGACAAUGAGACGCAGAGCGUGGACAUAGAGUAUGUGGUCAUGCUCUCGAUUGGCCUCGAGCUGGAGUGCUUCCUUCCCGACCUGGGCGCCCUAGUGCCCGAUUGUCUGGUGCCUCUCCGAGAGCCCCAGGAGCUCUUCCGCCUGGUGGCCCGAGUCCUCUCGGAGCGCGUGGCCGAGCUCGGUGCCGAGAAGUGCCGCUCAGGAGACCCGGGGCUGGUGUCCGCGGAGACCUGCGACUGGGGCCGGCUCUGGACGACCACGGCGGACGGCUCCAUUCAGCCCCAGGGACAAAACCCCUUUCCGGUGGAGCUGGUGUCGAAGAGGAUGGGCUUCCAGGAGUUCGACGUCACCCUUUUCUGUGACAUGGCACAUGCCCUGCGCCGACCGCCGUUAUGUGCAGCAACCAACGAGUCUACAGGCGUCCAUGUGCACCUUGGCUGCUACCCGAGCUUCUUCUCCGUGGAGGAGGUGGCCGCUAUCAUGAAGGUUUAUUUGCGGUUUGAGGCCACCAUCAACGAGCUCCUGCUGCCGGUGACACGUCAGCGCAAUCGCUUCUGCAGGGAUCUGCGAGAGGUUCUGGGGCGCGCGCAGGGGUUGGGGCCUGGGGCCUCGGACGAAGUGCUUUUUGCAAAGAUCGACGCUGCAGUGGCCUUCGUUCGCACUCUGAGCCCAGAGGCUCGGGCUGCCUGCCUCGAGGGUUCCCGAGUGCGGCUCAAGAAGGAUGAACUGCUGCUAGCGCUUUUGGAAGAGGGCGGCCUCUUUCGUUUAAAGCGACCUUUGCAGGCUUUGCAGGCGCAGCCGCAGAGUGAGCAGGGUCAGAGUCUGAUGCUCCCCGCCGGUUUGGCCCUGGUGGAGCUGUCCUUGGCAAGUGGCCAGCUGCUGUGGAGGCCCCCGACUUGCCAGGACCUCCAAGCUUUGUGGGGCAAAGAGGGCGACGCUCCGACCCCGAGCAACAACGGCGACGGCCUCGCCGAGCCCCCCACGCCAUGGACGGCCUUGGAGAGCUUAAGCGACGACACUGAGGUCCUUGCGUGCUUCCGUAAGCCAGACGAUGUACCUACCGAGAGCUUAGAGCACUGGCUGUUCAGGGACUUGUUGAUCAUGGAGCGCCACGGUACACGCUACUGCAAGCUGAACAUCAUGCGGAUUUCCCAGCCCAGCGAAAGGGCCACUAUCGAGUUCCGUCAAUUUCCGGGUGGUGACUUCAACCAGCCACUGCUGAUCUGGGGCUGGGUGAAGUUUCUAGGGCUUUUGGUGACCCAUGCCUGUGCCUGUGCACACAGCGGGACCGGCGCCGAGGUGCCAACAGAAGGCUCUGAAGAGGAGCUGAAGCGGUUCCUUCAACUUUCUACAGACAGCCUUCUUGUCGCCUGGUUCCGGGAUCUGCGAAACCGCCUGCCGAAGCCAAGUGUCUCAUUGCAAAGCAUGAAGGACGAGUGGACCCGCCUUUGGGUCGCCUGGGCGCACGCUGCCGGCCAGCUUCCCGAGGACGUCUCAGCGUCUGCAGCGGCAGUCCUGCGGUCCGCGCGUGCCUGGCGGCGGCUCUUCCAGGCGGCCACAGGCAUGAAAGCGAUUUUCCCAUCGACGGAUGCCGUCUGGAAGCCUCUUUCCCAGCGUCUCAGCGAGUGCGAAGUGUACAUGCAGCACCUGUACAUGGCCUUGGCACAACACCUGAGAUGCCAUGUGCGGCUGUUGCGAGCUGCCGAGGAGGUGAGCAGGUUCGGUUCGCUCUCCACGGUUGUGUACACUGUCCUGUCAGACGGCCGCCUGCGUAGAAGCAGCAAAGAGAUGAGAGAGCUACAAGCCACCGUGCUUGAGUCUUUGGGAUGGAGCGGGUGCCCAUCAGAACUCGCAGCCGAAAUUGCAGACUUAGGCAGGCAAGGUGCAGAGCUCACCCUCGAUUACGCGAAGAACCUUUUGCAGCAGUGUGAGACGGCCUGCGGGUCGUCAGCUUCAAUGCAACUCUGCGAAAUCGAAAUCCAGGACGAUGAGCCCUUGCAGAGAUCGGAAGCCUGGACAGGGAUUCAAGCGGUCAAAGAAGGAGCAUCACGGAUGCCACAUCUGCACGUAUGGCGAGUCUACCAUGAGCUCUGCAGUUGGCUGCUGCUUCCGCGCGUGGAGGAGGUGACCCACAUUUGGGCAGGCUUGGCCCGGCGUGGCUGGGACUCUGCCCGUGUGGAUGCUCUUUGGUUUCGGAUACAAGGACACACUCAUCCCGCUGCCCGAGAGAGGGCAAUGGCUUGGUUCAAAGAUGUCCGCGGGAAAAAGCACAGUUGGGUCCUGAUUCGACACUGCAUCGGUCAUUCCUCUUCAGAAGGAGUGCUGCAAGGGCCAUGGGGCCAUAGGGCCAUUGGCCAUAGGCAUGCAAUUGAGAAGCUGAGAAUGUGUGGCUCCUGA